UACUAGUGUCAAGAUGGUGGUAAGUGAGGCCACAUCAUUCAGAGCAUGCACUUCUGCCAACAAUAAUAUUUACAUUAUAAUGAAUUAAAUACGUGUUAUUAUAUUUUUCAUAGAAAAUUGGGCUGCAGUUCAAAGCCACUUUGGAAAAUGUCACAAAUGUGCGGCCAGUGGGUGAAGACUUCCGCUGGUUUCUAAAGGUAACUAAGAACUUGCUAACAAGCUGAAGCUAGCUAUUUACGAUUAGCUCUAUAUCAUGACACACAAUAAGCGAAUUUGUCAAAUGGUGAAAAGGUGUGUCACUACAUAAACAAGACAUUUAAAACACGACUAGCAACGAAAGGUACUCAUGCGACGUUAUUUUCAAAACAUUAUUGCUCGUUUUUAGCCAGUAAGCAUUAAGUAUGUGACGUGUAACGUUAGCUACGCUACUGUUAGCUAGGUAACAAAAGCAAUGCUGAUGCAGUGUUGUGGACUCACAAUAACCCAUAGAAUUAGGGUUAGAAUAGAAUCUCUAUGCCACAAUCACACACAAUGUGUGCUUCCCUAGUUGACACACUAUUCCCUAUUGAGUGCACUACUUUUUUGACCAGAGCAUGCGCCCUGAUCAGAAGUAGUGCACUAUAUAGGCAAUAGGGUGCCAUUUGGGACAAAUAUAACAUACCUACUUUUGUUACAGUUAAAAUGUGCCAAUUGUGGUGAGAUCCCAGAGAAAUGGCAGUAUAUCAACCUUAUGGUAAGUAAAGGUGGAUUUAUAAAUGUCUCUUUUGUUAUUUAACGUCACAUUGAUAUGGUGACAACGGUUAUCGCACACUUUGCAGUGACUGUCAGUUUCCCUAGGACAGUGUGCCACUCAAAGGAGGACGAGGGAGUGCCAGCAUGGUGCAGAAAUGUAAACUCUGUGCCAGGGAGAAUUCUAUCGGUAAGCAAACAGAAGCAUUACACAUCUGCAUUUUAAGUUGUUUCACACAUUCUGCCAUAUAGUCUCCUGAGUGGCGCAGUGGUCUAAGGCACUGCAUCGCAGUGCUAACUGUGCCACUAGAGAUCCUGGUUCGAAUCCAGGCUCUGUCGCAGCCGGCCGCGACCGGGUGGCUCAUGGGCGGCGCACAAUUGGCCCAGCGUCGUCCAGGGUAGGGGAGGGAAUGGCAGGUAGGGAUGUAGCUCAGUUGAUAGAGCAUGGCGUUUGCAACGCCAGGGUUGUGGGUUCGAUUCCCACGGGGGGGCAGUAUAAAAAAAUAUGUAUUCACUAACUGUAAGUCGCUCUGGAUAAGAGCGUCUGCUAAAUGACUAAAAUGUAAAUAUUUCACUCUCCUUUGGGGAUCUAAGAUGACUGGAUAGGGGUAAGCAACAGCUCUACCUUGUUUCUGCAAUGAUGUUCAUAUGUAUGUGUCUGUUCACAGAUAUCAUGAGAGACACAAUCACCCCGUACAACGUGAGUACAGUACUUAUUGCGAAGCUUACCGAUCAAUCGAUCAAUUGAAGGCGGGAAAUGUUUAGUAAUAAUACUGCCUAUUUCAUCCUACCACUCUGUUGCUGCUGAUGCUUGAAGUGUUCUGCUGUACUGGGACAGAACAAUACAUCUUUAAAACACACAAGAGUAUUUCUUUAUUUCAGCCACUCACACCAUCUUAUCUCUUUCUCACGGUGCUGCUGCUGUGAAGGCUGAGGAUAGUGAGAGGUUUAAGACCAUGGUGCAGUUUGAGUGUCGAGGCCUGGAGCCAGUGGACUUCCAACCACAAGUGAGAACAGAGUACACUCUUGUACUGUAUGUUGUCAAAUCUCAACUAAGGUUGCGGUUACAGCAUCAAAGUGGAAUUUGUUUCCUUUAUGAAUAUUUCUGAUUAAAGUAUAAAAAUUGGAUCCACUCUACCAUUCAAAAACAGAUUCCAAAUGUUUAGCAUAGACAUUUCUAACACCUUGACAUUUUCUUUAUUUAGUAAGUUUGUAAAAGUUUUUUUUUGUAACAGCAAAUAAUUCAGUUUUCAAUGACAAUUGUUCUUAAGAACUUGUAAUACUGCUGAAAUAACAAUAAAGUCAACUAAAACAUUUGCUUUACAACACUUCAACCUUGUCCCAUGUCUCUAACAUCACAUUUUACUUUGACCUUGAAACACACCAGGCGGGCUUUGCAGCAGAGGGAGCUGAGUCUGGGACCAAGUUUACUGAAAUCACCCUACUGGAAAAAGUGAGUAUUUUUUUCUUUCUCUACGGCCAGUAGGUCAACAUAGUAAAUGUGAAUAUUGAUAAUAAGACUAGUUUCCAGUACCCAAUACAAUACAGUUAUUUUCAGUUCUAGGAAAGCAUUUUUAAUACUUCUUCUCCAUAUCAGGACUGGACAGACUACGACGAGAAGGCCAGCGAGUCAGUGGGCAUCUAUGAGGUCACACAUCAGUUCAUCAAGUGUUGAGUUACGGUCAAGCGCUUUGUACGACCAGCUACACUAUGGCCAGAUAUCCACUCAUCCACUGGCUGAAAUGUCUGUCGGUAUCAGACACUUCCAAUGCUAAUGCAGUGCUGUUGGGUUUGUGACGAGCAAGAAGCAUUGGAGGAUUGAUUGGAUGGAAUGGCCGUCCACAUCAUGCUGGAUUGAAUGAUCCAUAAUGCCUUGCCUUUUGUCACUACCCCAAUAAAGAUCAUGAAUGGAAGAAAAACCCCAGAUCAUGUGUUUUUUAAAAUGUUUUCUUCUCUGCCUGGAAUGAUCAGUAUCAGAAUGCAUUGAGUAAAUCUGAGGCAGUUCGGUCACAAGAAGUAGUGAUGAAACUCAGCAAUGUGUGACUGCCACUUUUUUUGAAAGUUUGUCUGUUACUAUUGUCAACAAUAGUACAGUACUUUGCUCUUAAAUGCACUUUUUAAUACAGCCAAUAGCAAAACGUUAUCUAGCUACGUAUUUGGUCAGCCCCUUUAUGUCAACAGAGUAUAUCCAUUGCUUACACAACUGGAUACACUUUCAACUGACUUCAUUAAGAAGUCACUGAAUUGUGUAACGUUAAUAUGGGUAAAGGGAGCUAGCUACACGACAGGCAAGGAGUUAUGCUGCGUUCACGUGCUCCACUGAAACUCCUUCUUCGUAGUACUUUGACUUCUCAGUUGGGUAAACUGUCAUCAUCCGUAUUGUCACUCUGCCCUCUUGGAAGCACUAGUCUCAGCACAACAACCAGAAUGGCUCCUCAAAAGAACAGAGUAUUCGUCAUUGGAGUGGGAAUGACAAAGGUAAAUCUUGCUAUUCGAUAUAAUAACCUAUAAAGGGUUGCAUUUCGACUAGCAUCCGUGCUAGCUGGAUUGCUAUCUGGCAUUGAAAGACAAUUUAGCAAAGAGCUAGCGAGUUGUCCUUAGCUAGCUAGCAAACGUUACCUGUCAUGUCACGUUGGCUAGCAGCAUUUCCCAAAAACGUAGGUAGCUACAGUAGCUUGUAAUUUAUUUCGAUAUUUAACGUAGGCUAACUAGCUAGUUAACAUCUAACGCGAGAUUCAAGGCUUUUGUGAGCUGUUCAUGUUGGUGUUACUAGCUGACUAGGUAGCUAACUUAGCUACUUGCCAGCUUUCUAGCUCUGCUAGUUAGCUAACACGAAACAUUGAAUAACAAAUGUAUUGGGCUAACGAUGUUUACAAUUGUAUUGUGAAGUAUGGCUUGGAAAUGCAUUUGCUAAAUGCAAUUGUCAUACGUGGCAUUUUAAAACACCGUCUUAUCUGAAAGUCCAAUACUCCAUGGUCAAAGGCUAAUUGUGCCAAGGGUCAUGGAUGCAUUGUACACACCGAUAGCUAGAUAAUCACUAGCUACAUUACAUGCAGCUGAAGGACGUACCUCAUGUACAGUCAGAAUUAGAAGAAUACUUUCUUUGUCCAUUGCCUUUUUUAGAUCACACACAUGAGUUGGAAGCCAGGGUCAGCUAUAGGCCCGAGCAGUUUACGGGCGAAGUGCCUUGCUCAAGAACACAGCAGUCAUGUUGACCUAGAGCGCUGUCUGUGUAGUAAUUGAACUGUUAUCCCCAGUCUGAGGUUUUAUCCGUAGCCCUCUCCCGUGUUUUGUCUUUGCAGUUUGAGAAGCCAGGAAAAGAAGACUUUGACUAUCCCGACAUGGCAAAGAUAGCAGGUGGUUGUCAUUUCAUUACUGUACCUGUCCUGUACUGAGCUAUAAAUGAAACAUUUUUGCCAACAUUACUACAUUCACCUGGAUACUACCUGGUUAUAAUACCCUGUGUUAUACAUGACAUGUCAUAUAAUAGCCCCAUUCUACAUGCAACAUUUUGAGUGAUGUUCCCUGUGCUUGUGUCUUUUAAUCACGUUCUUAUGAGUCAGGUGAGAGGGCCUUGUCGGAUGCUGGAGUCCCCUACUCUGCCAUAGAGCAAGCCUGUGUGGGCUAUGUGUAUGGUAAGAGACUGUCAUUGAUUAUUAAUUGUAAGUUGGUUAACGGUACGUUACUUAACUGUAUUCUUUUGGGCAUAUUAAACGCUUUGUGAGUUGGCUUCAAAUUCAGUUAAAAAGGGCUGUAAGUGUCCGCCUAGUAAUAAGCUAUGAUGUUGUAUAUAGGCCUGUAAGAUAUUAUAACACAAUGUAAUCCUUCACCUGAGCUGACCUGUGUCUGUGUCAUGAAGAUAACUAUCUAGUGAUGAACUAUCGUGUUUAAUACAAGAUCACUUUAAGAUGAAGUCAUUUUGACAUCUGUCCGUCCCAUCUUUGUGUCUCAUCAUGUCUCAGGUGACUCCACUUGUGUUACUGUCAAUGUAAAUGACCAUGUUAUUAUCGUACUUUUUCAGGUGACUCUACCUGUGGCCAGAGGGCCAUCUACCACAGUCUUGGCCUGUCAGGGAUCCCCAUCAUCAAUGUCAACAACAACUGCUCCACAGGCUCCACUGCCCUGUUCAUGACCCGACAGCUAAUUCAGGGAGGUGCGUGGGACUCGACCAUAGAUACAUGAAUCAUAUCUGUGUUAUACAUACAGUACACUAUAUAUACAAAAGUAUGUGGACACCCCUUAAAAUUAGUGGAUUCGGCUAUUUCAGCCACACCCGUUAAUGACGGGUGUAUAAAAUCGAGCACACAGCCGUUCAAUCUCCAUAGACAAACAUUGACAGUAGAAUGGCCUUACUGAAGAGCUCAGUGACUUUUAACGUGGCACCGUCAUAGGAUGCCACCUUUCCAAUAAGUCAGUUCGUAAAAUGUCUGCCCUGCUAGAGCUGCCCCUGUCUACUGUAAGUGCGAAGUGGAAACGUCUAGGAGCAGCAAUGGCUCAGCCGCGAAGUGGUAGGUCACAAGCUCACAGAACGGGAUCGCCGAGUGCUGAAGCCUGUAGCGAGUAAAAAUCGUGAGUGUUGUAACCGAGUUCCAAACUGCCUCUGGAAGCAACGUCCGCACAAUAACUGUUCGUUGGGAGCUUCAUGAAAUGGGUUUCCAUGGCUGAGCAGCCGCACUCAAGCGUAAGAUCACCAUGCGCAGUGCCAAGCGUCGGCUGGAGUGGUGUAAAGCUUGCCGCCAUUGGACUCUGGAGCAGUGUAAACGCGUUCUCUGGAGUGAUGAAUCACGCUUCACCAUCUGGCAGUCCGACGGACCAAUCUGGGUUUGGCGGAUGCCAGGAGAAUGCUACCUGCCCGAACGCAUAGUGCCAACUGUACAUUUUGGUGGAGGAGGAAUAAUGGUCUGUGGCUGUUUUUCAUGGUUCGUGCUAGGCCCCUUAGUUCCAGUGAAGGCAAAUCUUAACGCUACAGCAUACAAUGACAUUCUAGAUGAUUCUGUGCUUCCAACUUUAUGGCAACAGUUUGGGGAAGGCCCUUUCCUGUUUCAGCAUGACAAUGCCCCCGUGCACAAAGCUAGGUCCGUAUAAAAAUGAUUUGUUGAAAUUGGUGUGGAAGAACAUGACUGGAGCCUGCACAGAGCCCUGACCUCAACCCCAUCAAACAACUUUGGGAUGAAUUGGAACGCCGACUGCGAGCCAGGCCUAAUCGGCCAACAUCAGUGCCCAACCUCACUAAUGCUCUUGUGGCUGAAUGGAAGCAAGUCCCCGCAGCAAUGUUCCAACAUCUAGUGGAAAGCUUUCCCAGAAGAGUGGAGGCUGUUAUAGCAGCAAAGGGAGGACCAACUCCAUAUUAAUGCCCAUGAUUUUGGAAUGAGAUGUUCGACGAGCAGGUGUCCACAUACUUUUUUUUUCAGUACGUCAUUGGAUGGGACACAGGGAGGUGAGUGGAACUGGGAGAGAGGGGGGCAGGAUUAAUGCCUAGGGCCAGGAGUCUUUCCCUGCUCUGGUCACAUGUUCAGGACAAACUCCUGGCCCUAGUGAUGCCAUGUCCUGGAAGAUUUCCUGUUGAAAGUUGACAAAUAAGCAAACUGAAAUAGGACGCGUGUUCAUCUCCUAUGAUACGUUUUAUGCUGGACCUGAACAUUUACCUUAUUUUUGCUGACUGUAGGUCUGGCUGAGUGUGCACUAGCCCUGGGCUUUGAGAAGAUGGAGAGAGGCUCCUUGUCGUCAAAGGUAAGACCAGGGGUGGGGUAUUGUAGUACAUGAUCUGGACUAACCCAGUGUAUUGUAGUACAUGAUCUGGACUAACCCAGUGUAUUGUAGUACAUGAUCUGGACUAACCCAGUGUAUUGUAGUACAUGGACAGGACUAACCCAGUGUAUUGUAGUACAUGGACAGGACUAACCCAGUGUAUUGUAGUACAUGGACAGGACUAACCCAGUGUAUUGUUGUACAUAAUCUGGACUAACCCAGUGUAUUGUAGGACAUGGACAGGACUAACCCAGUGUAUUGUAGUACAUGGACAGGACUAACCCAGUGUAUUGUAGUACAUGAUCUGGACUAACCCAGUGUAUUGUAGUACAUGAUCUGGACUAACCCAGUGUAUUGUAGUACAUGGACAGGACUAACCCAGUGUAUUGUUGUACAUAAUCUGGACUAACCCAGUGUAUUGUAGACAUGGACAGGACUAACCCAGUGUAUUGUAGUACAUGGACAGGACUAACCCAGUGUAUUGUAGUACAUGGACAGGACUAACCCAGUGUAUUGUAGGACAUGGACAGGACUAACCCAGUGUAUUGUAGUACAUGAUCUGGACUAUCCCAGUGUAUUGUAGUACAUGGACAGGACUAACCCAGUGUAUUGUAGUACAUGGACAGGACUAACCCAGUGUAUUGUAGUACAUGGACAGGACUACCCAGUGUAUUGUAGUACAUGGACCAGGACAACCCAGUGUAUUGUAGUACAUGGACAGGACUAACCCAGUGUAUUGUAGUACAUGGACAGGACUAACCCAGUGUAUUGUAGUACAUGGACAGGACUAACCCAGUGUAUUGUAGUACAUGGACAGGACUAACCCAGUGUAUUGUAGUACAUGGACAGGACUAACCCAGUGUAUUGUAGUUCAUGGACAGGACUAACCCAGUGUGUUUUUGUAUUAUAGUUCAUGGACAGGACUAACCCCAUGGACAAGCACAUGGAGGUGAUGUUCAACACAUAUGGGAUGGCAGCAGCACCAGCAGCACCACAGAUGUUCGGCAACGCCGGCAGAGAACACAUGGAGAAAUACGGUAAACAUGAUGGCGUGCGUGCACGUGUGCGCAGUACUGUAUGAAGUGUGUUGUUGGUGCUGUGCUUAGCCUUUUCUUUCAUUUAGAUGAUACACCAGUGUAGUGUGUGAGUGUGGAACUCUGGGAAGUCUGUCAUAGAAUAGUUAACUAUUUCUAUUAAUUCUCGGGACUCUUCCAGGCACUACACCAGAGCACUUUGCCAAAAUCGCAUGGAAGAACCACAAGCAUUCCACCAACAACCCGUAAGACUGCAGCCAUCAAAUAUUUUCAACACACAGAAGGCCUGAUCAAUGUUUUCCUGCCACUGCAAGACAACCCAUAUAUGUUUAUUUAUAUAUAUAUAUACAGUGAGGGAAAAAAGUAUUUGAUCCCCUGCUGAUUUUGUACGUUUGCCCACUGACAAAGAAAUGUUGUCACCUUCUCACCAAGCUGCUUGGCGAUGGUCUUGUAGCCCAUUCCAGCCUUGUGUAGGUCUACAAUCUUGUCCCUGACAUCCUUGGAGAGCUCUUUGGUCUUGGCCAUGGUGGAGAGUUUGGAAUCUGAUUGAUUGAUUGCUUCUGUGGACAGGUGUCUUUUAUAGAGGUAACAAGCUGAGAUUAGGAGCACUCCCUUUAAGAGUGUGCUCCUAAUCUCAGCUCGUUACCUGUAUAAAAGACACCUGGGAGCCAGACAUCUUUCUGAUUGAGAGGGGGUCAAAUACUUAUUUCCCUCAUUAAAAUGCAAAUCAAUUUCUAACAUUUUUGACAUGCGUUUUUCUGGAUUUUUGUUGUUGUUAUUCUGUCUCUCACUGUUCAAAUAAACCUACCAUUUAAAAUUAUAGACUGAUCAUUUCUUUGUCAGUGGGCAAACGUACAAAAUCAGCAGGGGAUCAAAUACUUUUUUCCCUCACUGUAUAUAUAUGUGUGUGUGUGUGUGUGAACAGGUACUCUCAGUUCCAGGAUGAGUACAGUCUGGACCAGGUCAAACAGUCCAGGAAGGUGUUUGAGUUCCUCACUCUCCUCCAGUGUUGGUAAGGAGCCCCACUAGCUCUCUGGGGCAGUGUUUCCCCUACCAGAGGAUAGGCAGGGCGGGGCAGGCCCCUCUGACCUCCACCUAAAAGAGUUUGGCUUUAUUUGAUUACAAUUUAAAAUGUUGGUGUUAAGGACCAGGGUGUUGCUUUGCGGAAAACAAUCUAGGGGAAACUAACACUGUUCUUUCUACCCUGUCCCCCCCCCCCCCCCCCCCCCCCAGUCCUACCUCCGACGGUGCAGGGGCAGCCGUCCUGGCCAGUGAGGACUUUGUGAGGCGUCAUGGUCUAGAGGGCCAGGCGGUGGAGAUCUUAGCCCAGGAGAUGGUCACAGACCUCUCCACCACGUUCGAGGACAACAGCUGCAUGAAAAUGGUGAGAGGGACUUAAAGCUGUUCAAAAGUAGUGUCUCCAACAAAAAGAUAGCAUGAUCAGUUAUUAUUCAAGGUGUGGGUAUUUCCCUUGAGCUAAAAUCUGGGGGGGGGGAAAAGCAAGGUUUCUCAAUAAAACACUAAGUAGUGACCUUUUGGAGUUGUUUCCUGUUAGGUUGGAUAUGACAUGACCUCCCUGGCAGCCAAGAAGUGUUUUGAGUCAGCGGGUCUGAAACCCAGUGACGUCAAUGUGAUCGAGCUGCACGACUGUUUUUCUGCCAACGAGCUGAUCACGUACGAGGCUCUGGGGCUGUGCCCAGAGGGUGAGUCUGACCCUACCAAUCUACGACCUAUUUCUGGUCACAUAAAAGUAGCAUUGUUAACUCCCUAUAAUGUUUUUUCACCGUCUCUGAUUUAAUGUUCAGUUCAAUGUUUUACUAUAGUUUAAUUAUUAAUAGUCAGAAUGAGAGGCCAUCUGUGUGUCUAUUUUAACUCUUGUCAUACUCCUGUCAUAAACAUAGUGAGUUUUCCCCCCUGGCUGUGUUCCCUUAGCAUUCUGACUUUUCCCCCUGGCUGUGUUCCCUUAGCAUUCGACUUUCCCCUGGCUGUGUCCCUUCAUCUGAGUUUUCCCCUGGCUGUGUUCCCUUAGCAUUCUGAUUUUCCCCCUGGCUGUGUCCUUAGAUUCUGAUCCCCUGGCUGUUCCUAGUUCUGACUUUCCCCUGGCUGUGUUCCCUUAG